AUGGCCUCGUUACGGCACAAGGAGCCGUCCUACUCCGAUAAAACAUUGGGGGAACGUGAGCUUGUUAGGUUGGAAAAGGACGGACUUAUCAGCGAUGUUGCACCAAGGGAGGGCGAAGAAGCGUUUUGGGCGAUGGAUAUUCAGACUCAAGCUGAUUCUAUUGCGAAUGAGGUUGAGGUUGACGCGUUCAUUACUCCUCAUUUCAGCAAAAAAUUGGACUUUUGGGGUAUGGUAUUCGUCAAUAGCGAGGGGCAUCCAUGGUUGUCUCCGUCUAUACGUUUCACCAAUAAUGCAGACCUUGAACCGGUUGGAUUCGUGACGCAUCCUGGAAUGUUUCGCUUCGGGACAGUGCCGAACAAUGGAGUGCAAUGCUUGAAUGGACUUCGCUUUGGAGUAGCAGAGAAAAAAAAUUUCGACUGCCUUAUUUUGUUCGAAAGGCAGCUCACUAUAACUGAUGCUGCAUUUGGCCGAGUGGUGCGAUAUCUGCAGCACCUUUGUCCCGAGAAGCCGGCGUGCGCUAUUCUCUUUGACCAUCGGUCCUUUUGGUUGAUCAAAACCUACAAGGCUGUUGUCGUCAAAGUGCAAAAAUCGAGGUGGGUCAUGGACGGCUCGAAACUAUUGUUUCAGAAGUUUAUCAACGACAACAUUUCUCCAUGGGUAGAGCGCUUAACCAUUGCCUGCUCUGCGUUCGGUGUUGAUGUGGUGGAGGGCGACACAUUCCUCGGCCGUGGCGCCUAUGGACGCGUUUUCAAGGUGGUUGGUGAAGGCGGAGAGAUCCUCGCCCUGAAAAUCGUGGAAAAACACUCGGCUCAGCGUCUUCAUGAAGAAAAGAAAGCGUUGGAGAACGCCCAGCAUACAGGCUUGACGAUUACUCCUGUGGGAAAGAUCAUCGAAAUUCUCGAUAGUCCGGCGUUGUUGCUGUCUCCUGUUGGUAGACCUCUGCCUCGACCAACGACACGGCAGGAGGUACGGGACCUCUUUGGACUACUAUGGCAGCUGCAUGAUAAGGAGCUGAUUCAUGGGGAUCCUCACGUGGCGAAUGUAAUCCUCGUUGAGGAAAAACCUCUCUGGAUCGAUCUUGUGGAAGUGGUUGAAGCAAGUCCCAUUUUGAAACAACUUGACGCUGAAAUUCUCACCUCAGUGUAUCUCGGACCCGGCCAGUGA